AACUUUUUGCCGAUUCUGGAAAAACAGAGAACACUGAACAAAGUAAGAAAAGCUGGAAGAAGAAGAAGAAAGAAUCGCUUCUCUAAUUGAAAAAUGCCCCAAUACGCGCGUUAUCUGUCAAAUCCACGCGCGUCUUCUCACUCGCUUCCUUCCUAUCUCAGCAGGUACCCUUCAGCUAAUACUUUUACCCUGGCGUUUGUGCUAAAGGCUUGCUCAAAUCUUUUGGCUUUCGAAGAAGGCCAGCAGGUUCACGCCCGUGUUUUUCGAUCUGGGUUUGGUUCGAACCCGUAUGUGCAAACCGGGUUAGUGAAUUUUUAUGCAAAAUGUGAAAAUAUGGCGCUCGCCAAGAAAGUGUUCUAUGAAAUUCCCCAGAGAAACUUGGUAGCUUGGAGUACAAUGAUAAGUGGGUAUGCUAUGAUGGGAUCUGUCAAUGAGGCGUUUGGUGCGUUUCGGGAAAUGCAAAGGGUGGGUAUUGUUCCUGAUGAGGUUACAAUGGUGAGUGUGAUUUCUGCAUGUGCUGCAGCUGGGGCAUUGGAUAUUGGUAGGUGGGUUCACGCCUACAUUGAGAAGCUGAUGAUUGAGGUUGAUAUCGUGCUUAGUACUGCACUAGUUAACAUGUAUGCAAAGUGUGGGUGCAUCGAAAAAGCGAAAGAACUUUUUGAGAGAAUGCCAGUAAAAGACCAGAAAGCUUGGAGCACAGUGAUUGUCGCAUUGGCAGUUCAUGGCCUAGCAGAAGAGGCUUUGGAAGCGUUUUCUAGGAUGGGAGAAUCAAAGGUUAAACCUAAUCAUGUUACCUUUGUUGGCAUUUUAGCUGCUUGUGCCCAUAGUGGACUAGUUUCUGAGGGUAGGAGAUAUUGGUCAAGCAUGAUUGAAUCAGGAAUUGAACCAUCAAUAGAGCAUUAUGGUUGUAUGGUUGAUCUUCUCUGCCGAGCCUCCCUUGUUGGUGAGGCUUACAAUUUUGUUCAAACCAUGCCUUUUUCUCCAAAUGCGGUAAUUUGGCGAACGUUACUUGUUGGUUGCCAAAAGAACAAAAUGUUGCAUAAAGGUGAAAUCGCGGCUGAACAACUUCUUGCAUUAGAACCAUUGAAUACAGAGAAUUAUAUCCUGCUGUCAAAUCUGUAUGCAUCAGUAUCACAGUGGGAGAAGAUGAGCCAUGUCAGAAAGAUGAUGAAGGAAAAGGGCAUCAAGGGAGUUCCAGGGUGUACCUCAAUUGAAAUUGAUGGUUUUGUGCAUGAGUUUGUGAUGGGAGAUUGGUCCCAUCCUGAGCAAAAGGAGAUAAGGCAGGUUUUGAAGGAUAUUUCUGAGCGAGUUAGUGGUUCUGGGCAUGAACCAAAUAUUUCUGAUGUACUGCACAAUGUUGCUGAUGAAGAGAAAGGAACAUACCUGUGUGAGCAUAGUGAAAGGCUUGCUAUUGCAUAUGGACUUUUGAAGACCAAAGCGCCAGCACCAAUAAGAAUAGUAAAGAAUCUAAGAAUUUGUAGCGAUUGCCAUGAAGUCACAAAGAUUAUCAGUAAAAUUUAUGAGCGUGAAGUUAUUGUAAGAGAUCGAGUUCGGUUCCACAAGUUUGUAAAUGGAACUUGCUCAUGCAUAGAUUAUUGGUGACUAUCAACUUUAACGAUUCUCCACUACUUUGCUUCAACACACUUACCAUUAUUGAUAACUUAGGAACCUGACCUUAAACAACCUAUAUGCUGAGGAUUUCUAAGCUUGUUUCGUCAGUGAUGAUUUGGAAGAAGAAAUAACAACUAGCAGCAAAACAAUAUUGCAUAAUCAAGAAUCGGAUAUGGUGAUUUCUGUGUACAAGCAUCACAAGUGUCAGUAUGUUGAAAUUGCCUAAAUCAUCCACAUAACUUUUGAGGUCCUCUGGUUUUUUUUUUUUUUCAAACUAUUUAUAAAUGGUUUGUAUCAGUACACAGCCAAUCAGUUUGACCUGUAAAAUCUUUUUGUUUCAGUUUUUGGCCUGCAUAUAUGAAUGUAACAGGAUCUACUGCAGUUGGGUUUUUGUUUCUUUGCCCUUGAAUUUGAUUAUUCGUUAAAGAAGAAUGUUUCAAUGUGUACGAGUGUAUGUAGUAAAAGCAGUUUUCACUUGGUU